GAGCUCGCUGGCGUCUGGAGUCGAAACUGCAGAAGACGAGGCCAGAGGCGGGGCGGCGAUCGUCGCGCCGAGGUGACGUAGUGCCGCCGGCGCGGGCGGGUGACGCGACGGGGCCUGUUGUCUGUGUGUGGGGCUAGGGGCCCCGGGGGCGGCGGGGGCGGCGGGGGGUCUGGAGGGCCUGGACAUGGCGCUGAGGGGCCGCCCCGCGGGAAGAUGAAUAAGGGCUGGCUGGAGCUGGAGAGCGACCCUGGCCUCUUCACCCUCCUGGUGGAAGAUUUCGGUGUCAAAGGGGUGCAGGUGGAGGAGAUCUAUGACCUUCAGAGCAAAUGCCAGGGCCCCGUGUAUGGAUUCAUCUUCCUGUUCAAAUGGAUCGAAGAGCGCCGAUCCCGUCGCAAGGUCUCUACCUUGGUGGAUGAUACAUCUGUGAUUGAUGAUGAUAUUGUGAAUAACAUGUUCUUUGCCCACCAGCUGAUCCCCAACUCUUGUGCCACUCAUGCCCUGCUGAGCGUGCUCCUGAACUGCAGCAAUGUGGACCUGGGGCCCACCCUGAGUCGCAUGAAGGACUUCACCAAAGGCUUCAGCCCUGAGAGCAAAGGAUAUGCGAUUGGCAAUGCUCCAGAGUUGGCCAAGGCACAUAAUAGCCAUGCCAGGCCCGAGCCACGCCAUCUCCCCGAGAAACAGAAUGGCCUCAGUGCUGUGCGGACCAUGGAGGCAUUCCACUUUGUCAGCUAUGUGCCUAUCACAGGCCGGCUUUUUGAGCUGGAUGGGCUGAAGGUUUACCCCAUUGACCAUGGGCCUUGGGGGGAGGAUGAGGAGUGGACAGACAAGGCCCGGAGGGUCAUCAUGGAGCGUAUCGGCCUCGCCACUGCAGGGGAGCCCUACCAUGACAUCCGCUUCAACCUGAUGGCGGUGGUGCCCGACCGCAGGAUCAAGUAUGAGGCCAGGCUGCACGUUCUGAAGGUGAACCGUCAGACAGUACUGGAGGCCCUGCAGCAGCUGAUUAGGGUAACGCAGCCAGAGCUGAUUCAGACCCACAAGUCUCAAGAGUCACAGUUGCCUGAAGAGACCAAAGCAGUCAGCAGCAAGUCCCCUCUGGCCCUGGAAACAAGCAGGGCCCCAGCGGCCUCUGAGGGCACCCACACAGAUGGUGCAGAGGAGGUGGCUGGUUCGUGCCCACAAGCCCCGACCCACAGCCCUCCCAGCAAACCCAAGCUGGUGGUGAAGCCUCCAGGGAGCAGCAUCAAUGGGGUUCCCCCAAACCCCACUCCUAUCGUCCAGCGGCUGCCAGCCUUUCUGGACAAUCACAACUAUGCCAAGUCCCCCAUGCAGGAGGAGGAAGACCUGGCAGCAGGUGUGGGCCGCAGCCGAGUUCCAGUCCGCCCACCCCAGCAGUACUCAGAUGACGAGGACGACUACGAGGAUGAUGAGGAGGAUGACGUGCAGAACACCAACUCCGCCAUCAGGUAUAAGCGAAAGGGGCCGGGGAAACCAGGGCCAUUGAGUGGCUCUGGGGAUGGGCAGCUGUCGGUGCUGCAGCCCAACACCAUCAACGUCUUGGCCGAGAAGCUCAAAGAGUCCCAGAAAGACCUCUCAAUUCCUCUGUCCAUCAAGACGAGCAGCGGAGCUGGGAGUCCAGCUGUGGCAGUGCCCACGCACUCACAGCCCUCACCCACCCCCAGCAAUGAGAGCACUGACACAGCCUCUGAGAUCGGCAGCGCUUUCAAUUCGCCACUACGCUCGCCCAUCCGCUCGGCCAACCCCACGCGGCCCUCUAGCCCCGUCACCUCCCACAUCUCCAAGGUGCUUUUUGGAGAGGACGACAGCCUGCUGCGUGUUGACUGCAUACGCUACAAUCGUGCUGUACGCGACCUGGGUCCUGUCAUCAGCACGGGCCUGCUGCACCUGGCUGAGGACGGUGUGCUGAGUCCCCUGGCACUGACAGAGAGUGGGAAGGGGUCCUCACCUUCCAUCAGACCGAGCCAAGGCAGCCAGGGGUCUGGUAGCCCAGAGGAGAAAGAGGUGGUGGAGGCUGUGGACAGCAGAGAGAAGCCUGGGCUGGUCAGGCCUAGUGAGCCCUUGAGCGGGGAGAAGUACUCACCCAAGGAGCUGCUGGCACUACUGAAGUGUGUGGAGGCCGAGAUCGCAAACUAUGAGGCCUGCCUCAAGGAAGAGGUGGAGAAGAGGAAGAAGUUCAAGAUCGACGACCAGAGAAGAACACACAACUACGAUGAGUUCAUCUGCACCUUCAUCUCCAUGCUGGCUCAGGAAGGCAUGCUGGCCAACCUGGUGGAGCAGAACAUCUCGGUGCGGCGGCGCCAGGGGGUCAGCAUUGGCCGACUCCACAAGCAGCGGAAGCCUGACCGGCGGAAACGCUCACGCCCCUACAAGGCCAAGCGCCAGUGAGGACUGCUGGCCCUGACCCUGCUGCUCACUCUUGCCACACGGCCCUCACCAGGGCCCUCCCCCUGCCCCACUCCCCCUCUUCCCAGUAUUACCGAAUAGUUCCAGUCAGAGAGCCCAGACCCUGGGGAUAGGAGCCAAGCCAGGAUUCUCUGCACAGUACCCCAGUGCCUACCAGGGCAGGGCCGCCCCCGUCAUGCUCUGGAAGCAGGAGCUGGGGCACAGGGAGGUGCUGCAGCUUCCUCCACAGCCGGCUGUGGAGUGGCAGGACCUGGCCUUUCUGCCUGGGCAGCAGAAUAUAUAUUUUACCUA